AUGAGCUGGAGCUUCUUAACUAGCCUCUUAGAAGAAAUUCACAACCAUUCGACAUUUGUGGGAAAAAUGUGGCUCACGGUCCUUGUGGUUUUUCGGAUCGUUCUCACUGCCGUGGGUGGCGAGUCCAUCUACUCUGACGAACAGAGCAGCUUUUUGUGUAACACAGACCAGCCGGGCUGCAAGAAUGUAUGCUUCAAUGAAUUUUCGCCACUCUCACACGUCCGCUUCUGGAUAUUUCAGAUCAUUUUGGUGUCCACCCCUUCUCUGUUGUACCUCGGCUAUGCAAUGAACAAGAUUGCCCGGUUGGAAGAAGGCAAAGAGGGCACUUCAGUGAAAUUUUCCAAGAGUAGGAAGGUUCCCCUGGGCAGACGUCAGACUCGAGAUCAGCAGGUUGCUGAGGAAAAUCAAGAGGAAGCUUCGGUGAAUUACAACAUGGCCACAAAGGAAAGUCAAAGUGAUAGCGUAGCUCCGGACGCAACAAGAAGUGGUACGAAAACACGACAUGAUGGCCGACAGAGAAUCCAGCGAGAUGGACUAAUGACAGUGUAUGUCCUCCAUCUGCUAACUCGGUCUGCUUUAGAAAUAGGCUUCCUGUUUGGUCAGUAUAUGCUUUAUGGAUUUGCUGUCCCGGCUCUUUUUGUGUGCUCGAGUAAACCGUGUCCAUUCAGUGUAGAUUGUUUUGUUUCCCGUCCGACAGAGAAGACAAUCUUUUUGCACAUCAUGUACGCUGUCACCAUUCUCUGCUUGCUACUUACCGUCUGGGAGAUGCUCCAUCUCGGACUGGGCACCAUUUCUGAUUUCUUGCAGGCUAGACAGCGGCGUUCACCAGAAUGCAGCAGAAAGGAACUGGAAGACAAAGCAGCAGCAUGA